CACACACACACACACACACACACACACACACAGAGCCCCUUUAAUAGCAGGCUGUCAGGUGCGCGUGUCCGGGCGGAAGUGGCGUUCAAAUCACGCGCCGGGCGCGCGCUCUCUCGUCCGCCUUAGUCUCGUUCACCGUUUGUAGUUGAGGUCUCUGCCGUUUUUCCUCACGUCACGUAUUAAUCGCUCGUGACUCUUUAUCCAUUGUUCCCUCCCUAAAUCCCGCUAUCUGCGCGUCGCUCGCGUUUGAACACGCGAACACUGACAUUAAUAAAGCGAAGAUCCGAAGCGGACCGCGGAGCUGCUCGUGCCGCCGGGAGCGCGCGCGCGCGCCUGUGUGUGUGAAGCGCGUAACCGCCUCUCGUGGAAGAAGCAAAGAGUCGCAAAGAGUGGAAAUGGGGACGUGUCUGCCGUGUCUGGGCGGGGCGGCCGACGACGUCGUGGACACUCCGGAUCCCGAGACGAGGCGGCGCCAGUUGGCAGAUGCAGCUGAGAAGCGACAGAAGGAGACAUCCCACAGAGGAAUUAAAAACCCCGAGGCAGUCGAGAGGAAGAAGAAGAAACAAGAGGAGAUGGAGAAGCAGGCCAUGAUGACAUCGCCGUCGGGCGGCGGGGGACUCAAGUGGCAGGUGGGCUAAAGGCUGGAGGUCAGGGAGCGGCAGACCCCCCCCACCCCCACCCCCCGUCUGCGUGUUCCAGCCUACGGGAUCGACGAGCGUCUGUCCGAGAUUUUUCUUUGUUUUCCAUGCGAGCUUGAGGGAGGUGUGGACUUAGGACCUAGACACUUGUGCCAUGCUUUGCGCUUGAAGGAGGGCCCCGCCGCGGUCCGAGCGCUUCUUGGACGCCGAGAGACGACACGCCGUAGGCUGGAUGAACGCGGGGCUCCGUGGACGGAAAGAACCGCGGUACCCCGAGUAACAGGACACUACUCGCUUCUCACAUGGCCUUUUUGCGUGUUUACACUUAGACUGUAUGCGUGUGUGCGUCUGUCUACACUUACACACUGGAGCGACCACUUUUUUUGAAACACUACGAUGUACUUCACGCUUCUUUUGUGCUGCGUUUCAUUUGACUGAAUCACCGUCUGUGAAGAAAUUGAUAUUUAGCGUAACACUAAAGUAUGCUUUGUACCGAAUGCCUGCGAGACCUGCUCGCCGACGCUUUUCUCGAAAGAGAGGAGGAAGGAAGGAAAACGAAGACGACCGGCGCUGAUUGUUAAACGGCACUAAACGCUGCUGUUUUCGGCGCUUUCCCCACCAAGCCGUUCAACUGGCUUAGCACAGCGCCGAAUCCUCGUCAGCGUAUUUGCUCUCGUGCUGCUUUACUGGCAUCACGAGUCCUGUCUGCGCGCCCGUUUCUACCCUGGCGUGUUGACGGCGGUGUCCGAAUCGGGCCAACCGCGGUAAACGGACCCGAAGCUUCCGGUCAUGCCGGGGGGCCGUAGCCAGAAAAACGCUCCUCGCUGGCAUGGGGACAGACCCCUCCCCACCCCACCACAUGCUUUGGCUUAAAUAAAGCCGCUGUUUCCCAAUGCACGUCUCGCUC